CAGUGCAUAAGAUAUGAGUUGAUUUGUUUGUUAGCUUUUGUUUACAUUCGACGUGUGAACGAUUCACAAGUUAAAAUUCAGUUGCGACAACAUAAGUAUAUAGAAUGGCUCCAUCGUCGUCAGACGAAGAUUAUAGCAGUCUUACUCAAGUGUCACCAGCUCUUACUGAAGACAAAUUAAACAGCGCCCUCUCUGAAUGGUUUAAAGAAACUGUUGUAUUCACAAGAUGGGAGUACGUAGGCGAAAUAGGAAAAGGAGACUCCUAUUUGAGCGAAGUACGAAAGAUAAGAAUCCACGGCAUAACCCGCUUCGGGGUAGACAGAAACGUACAAGUGAUAUUAAAGACUAUACCACGUAACAUUUGCAGACGCCUUACUUUCAGAAGCGACGAAUUCUUUCGAAAUGAAAUCGCUUUUUAUACAAACGUUCUACCAAAUUUAUUAUUAUUCCAAUCAGAAAAAAACGCAACAGAACCAUUUAAUAAUAACGUUAAGUUAUUUCUCACACAUUGCGAUGGUUUGAACGAUUGCAUUUGUUUGGAAGAUGUUUCUGUCCAAGGUUAUGGCAACAUUAUACGACAACAGACAAUCGAUCUGCAACAUUGUAUAGCAACUAUUAAAACAUUAGCUAAAUUCCACGCAUUAUCAUUUGCAAUGAAAGACCAGCGACCGGAGAAGUUUGCUAAAAUAAGCAAUGAAAUAUCAGAGACGUAUUUUGAUUACAAACUGUGGGAUUGGUAUAAAAGAUUCUGGGAUAGAAUAUGUACAAUAGCGAUUGAUGCGAUUGAAAAAGAAUAUCCAGAUUCGAUAUAUUUAAAGAAAAUUAAAAGUUUUGCUGUAAAAGAUACUUAUUUUAAAAUGAUCAGUGCAGUUCGAGAUAAACAGCACGCGGUUAUAUCACAUGGCGAUCCUUGGACGAAUAACUUUUUAUAUAAAUAUAAUAAUGAUAUUACGACUAAAAUAAUAGAUUUCCAAUUAUCUAGAUAUUCUAGUCCUGUGCUUGAUCUAAGUUAUUUCAUUUAUAAUAGUACAAGUCAGGAAUUAAGAGUUAAAUAUUAUGAUGAAUUGUUGAGAAGUUAUUAUGAAGUUUUGUCGUCACAGAUUAAAAAUAUGGGCAGUGAUCCGGAUAGAAUUUACUCUAGAGAAACUUUUUUGAAUGAGGUUAAGAGAUAUUCCUUUUUCGGUUUAGUUGCCAGUUUUGAAAUGACUCCUCUUAUAGUUUUGGAACCUGAAGAAGCUUUUGACUUAGAAAUAGAGAGUAAUCGAGAAAUAAAUAUUGAUGAAAUGUGGAAUAUCGGACCUAUAAAAAGCAAAGAGAAUAGAAGAAGAGCUGCGGAUAACGUAGUACAUUGUGUGGACAAUGGUUACAUAUGAAUUGAUACGCAAACACCGUGUGUAAAUGAAAAUAUAUUGCUAUCUCGUUUACUCUCUGUUAAAAAACAGGGAUAGAUAUAUUAUGGGAACAAUGAUGAAUAACAGAGAAAAACAUAAGUAGUCAAAUAUUAUACUAUCAAAUAUAAAAUAGUAACUAAUAUGGAAGUAAGAGAGUAAAAUUAAAAGGGCUUAGGUUUAACAUUUUUAACAGU